AUGGCCACCGUUUCAAUCAGCGCCCCGGGACUGGGAAGCGGAGGAUUCCUUUAUAACAACGGAAAUAACAAUGCGCGACUAUGCAUCACAGCCGAAACCGAAAACUUCGACAUGGAGAUCAUCAAGAACUGGCAAGACGAAGGAUUCGACGUGCUCUAUAUCCCAUAUAAUGGCGGAGGAAAGGAAUACGGUGCCAAACUGCAGUCUGUGAAGGAUGGACUCGGUGUGGGCGAGAACUACGGUGUAGUCGCAUACGGCGAUGCCGCGAACUACUGUCUCGACUACUACCUCAAGCCUACCAACUCGAGUCGGCUCUGUGCCCUCGUCGCAUACUAUCCCAGUGUCAUCCCCGACACACGUUCCCGAUUCAGUACGCAGCUCCAGGUUCUCGUGCAUUUGGCUGGCGAAACUGUAGAUGUGAUUGUUCAACCCGUCGCACUUGGUCUGCAGGGGAAGAAGCGCCGUCAAACACGGCCUCUUAACCCUGGUAUCGGAACUGGAGAGCGACUGGAUCUGGGAUACCCCAGUUUCACGUACGACAAUGCACAGCCGGGCUUUGCGGAGACUGAUCUCGAGGAAUAUGACCAUCUAUCGGCGGAUCUGGCUUUCACGCGGACGUUGAAAACGCUGCGAAAGGGCUACUCGCGGGAUCCUGAUUUUGAAAGGCGCUGGGAGGAGCAUGUGGAGGCCAAGUUCUUCUCGUCCAACGUCAAAAAUACAAUGGACGGCUAUGUGCAGCACAAAACCCCCGCUGUAACCUACGCGCCAACAAUUACAGGUGGAAUCGGCAAGAAAGCCCUCCGCCAUUUCUACGAUCAUUACUUCAUCGGCAAACUACCCCCAUCAAUGCGCCUCCGCCUACUCUCCCGAACGACUGGCCCAGACCGCAUCGUGGACGAACUGUACGUGAGCUUCGAACACACACAGGACGUCCCAUGGAUGCUCCCCGGCGUCCCGGCAACAAACAAGCGCGUGGAGAUCAUCCUCGUGAGUAUCGUCAGCAUCCGCGCUGGCCGUCUCUAUUCCGAGCAUGUCUACUGGGACCAAGCGAGUGUCCUCGUUCAAGUUGGUCUUCUGGACCCUAAGCUUCUACCAAGCUCUGCUCAAGGUGUCGACCGGCUUCCCGUUGUCGGCCGUGAAGCUGCUCGUCGCAUUCUCCAUGAAGACAAUGAAGUUGAGCAGGAGGACUAUCAUAACAAGAUGAUUCGCCGUGCUCAUGCUCGGGCGCGUCGUCAUCACAGUUCCCGUGCUUCGCAGAUUGCUGAGGAGUCUGGAGCUGAGAUGAAGAGCGAGGCUGAGCAAACUUUGCCUGAUCGAACUGGUAACAAGGGCAAGUCGGUGCAGCAACCUGCUACUAAGAUGCCCGAGGAGGAUGAUGGUGCUGAAACUGAGACUGAGUCGAGUGCAAAGGCGAAGUCCGAGGCCGGGGAUCGGGAUCGGGCUGCUACUGUUGAAGAUGGCGGGGAGGAUGAGGAAAAUGGUGCGAAGCAGACAUGA